UCAUGAGCUCCGACGGAGCGGCGAUAGCGGCCAAGCUCGGCCGCGGUAACAGGUUAUCGGCAAUGGAAAGCGAAUACCAGGUUGUUCUGCCCAGUUUGCCUACAGGUCGGUUCGUUUUAAAUACCGUGUUUUUGCACGCGGACGUCAAGGCUCGCCCCUACAGGGUAGAAGACUUCCGCGACGCUCUGGCCCAGUAUUCGGUGCUCCCCGAGGUAGUUGCCUUGGGGGCGUACCGUAUGAGCCAUGUGUGGGCGGUCACCUUUAAGGACGCUGAAGCGGUCAGGAAGUUGGUCAGCAUCGGUGAACUGCAAGUUAAAAGCAAGCGCUGUAUCGUCAUCGACCCGGCCAACAGGGACGUCCGAAUGCAGGUACACUGGUUGCUCCACAGUGUGCCUGACGAGGACGUGCGCCUUGCCUUCAUGCCUUUCGGUAAAGUCGCCGACAUUGUCAGGGAGCGUUGGCGGGCCGAGGGAUUGACUGACAAAGGGUCUACGACGAGGCUUGUGACUCUGAAGCUGAACGGCGGAGUCAAAAUUGACGACUUGCCACACCAGCUAAGUGUUUCCGGUGAGCUCGCCCUCGUCGUUGUACCGGGCAGGGCUCCGCUCUGCCUUCGCUGCCGGGGAACGGGCCAUAUCCGUCGCGAGUGCCGCAUCCCGCGAUGUGGUGUUUGUCGGCGUUUCGGUCACGAAGACGGCCAGUGUGAGCGAACGUACGCCAGCGUGACGGGGCCUGGGGGCAGCGAGGACACCGCCGACCUGCUCAUGGACGAGGCAGACUUGGAAGAGGCGACGCCUCAGACAAACUCCCGUGAAGCACAGCCGUCUACACCGUCCUCUUGUCCGGAGGGCGAGCGUAACAAGCAGCAAGACGCCGUAACUUCCAAGGACCAGCACGAGCCCGCCAAAGUAGACCUCUCCAUGCACCAAUUGCGGAGCGAGUACGAUGUGCUUGUUCUGCAGGAGGUGUACGCUGCUACAGCCAACCUGCGUCUUCCUGGAUACGUGGGCUACACAGCAGCCUCACUUCAUCAUCACCAGCCUCCUCCAUGA